UCACAUAGCAAAGAAAGAGCAUAGGAAAAGAGAGGCUGAAAAAAGGCAGUGCUGAAAAAGAAUGGGAGGCUGGGCAAUUGCAGUGCACGGUGGCGCUGGUGUAGACCCAAAUCUCCCAAAAGAAAGACAAGAGGAGGCUAAAAGGCUCCUCAAACGUUGCCUUGAUAUUGGCAUCUCUGCUCUCCGCUCUAACCUACCCGCCAUUGACGUCGUUGAACUCGUCGUGAGAGAAUUGGAAAGCGAUCCUUUGUUUAACUCCGGCCGUGGGUCGGCCCUUACAGAGAAUGGAACGGUGGAAAUGGAGGCCAGCAUUAUGGACGGCCCGAGGAGGCGUUGCGGCGCUGUUUCCGGCUUAACCACCGUUAAGAAUCCAGUCUCCCUCGCCCGACUUGUCAUGGAAAAAUCACCACAUUCGUAUCUGGGCUUUUCGGGUGCCGAAGAGUUUGCCAAGAAACAGGGCGUAGAGAUGCUGGACAAUGAAUACUUCAUUACCGAAGAUAAUGUUGGGAUGCUUAAGUUAGCAAAAGAGGCCAACUCAAUCCUGUUUGAUUAUCGGAUCCCGACGAUUGGCACCUGUGGUGCUGGCGCCGCCAUGGACAGUCCUUUGCAGAUGAACGGACUCCCAAUCAGCGUCUACGCCCCGGAGACAGUAGGUUGCGUGGUUGUUGACAAGGCGGGCCGAUGUGCCGCUGCCACCUCAACCGGUGGGCUCAUGAACAAGAUGAUUGGAAGGAUAGGUGACUCGCCAAUUAUCGGUUCGGGAACCUACGCAUCCGAGCUAUGCGGGGUGUCGUGCACCGGAGAAGGCGAAGCAAUCAUCCGUAGCACACUGGCGAGGGAAGUAUCGGCGGUGAUGGAAUACAAAGGGUUGAAUCUGCACGAGGCAGUUGAUUAUGUGAUAAAGCAUAGGUUAGAUGAAGGCAAAGCGGGGCUCAUUGCUGUGUCAAAAGACGGCGAAGUGGCUUGUGGGUUUAACACCACCGGGAUGUUUAGGGGCUGCGCCACCGAGGAUGGGUUCAUGGAGGUUGGCGUGUGGUGAACGUCCUUAGAGAGUUUCGCUUUUCCGGUGGUUUUAUUGGUAAUGUCAGUAUCUCUAGUGUGUAAUUGAAAUUCCACCAAUAAUAAAUCAGGAUAUUUCAUUUCACUGAA